AGAAAACUUGAACGUAAAGUAUACUCCCAUAGUCCCAUAGAAGUUUAAUUUAAUCAAAUCUAUAAUUGGGAGUUGACUGGUUCUUGUGAUUGGUCCAUUAUUAUCACCCAACCCAGAAAUUUGUUCCUAGAUCCCCUCUUCUCUACGCGGAAUCGGAAAUUCUGAAUACGCCGGAAUAUUCCGAUUUCUGAUUUCCGCCGCCUUAAAUUCUCUUUAAUAGAAUCAUCCAAAACCUCACUUUAAAUUUCAAUAUUCUUCCUUUUUCUUCAAUUCAUCUUUUCAAAUCUGAAAAAUUGCAGAACUUUUUCACAAAUUGAUUGAAGGUAAAAGGAAGUAUGGGAACACCGGCAUUUCCAAACCUGGGAAAACAUUGCUCUGUUGAUGAUUGCAAGCAGAUUGACUUCCUCCCUUUCACUUGUGACCGCUGUAGCCAGGUAUUAUGCCUUGAACAUCGAAGCUACAAGCAGCACCGAUGUCCUCAUGCUGACCACCAAGGCGUCACUGUCGUAAUUUGCCCACUUUGUGCUAAAGCAGUUCGCUUGAUUCCUGAUGAAGACCCAAAUAUCACUUGGGAAUCUCAUGUUAACACUGUUUGUGACCCAUCAAAUUAUGAGAAGGUUUCAAAGAAGAGAAAAUGCCCUGUUGUUGGAUGCAAGGAAAUCCUUGUGUUCUCGAAUACAAUCAAAUGCAAAGACUGUAACACGGAUCACUGCUUAAAACAUCGGUUUGGCCCCGAUCACAAGUGUGCUGGACCUCCUAAAGCCAGCACUGGAUUCCCAUUCAUGGGCCUCUUGAACAACAGUAGUAGAAAAGAAGUGCCAAGGCCCAAUCGGGCACCAGUCCAAUCGACAUCAUCAGUGUGGUCCCGGUUUCUUAAUGCAGCAUCAUCAGCACGAGCCUCAGCUGAAGCAGGCAUGACAAAGUUGAGUAGUGACUUUAACCAAGUACUUCAGGCUGGACAAGGCAGUAAAAGUAGCUCAAGCACUUCUGAACAUGGGGGACGGGAAGUAUGCCCACAAUGUAACAUGAGGUUUUCAUCGGUGACAGCACUCGUGGAGCACGUGGAAAAAGUUCACGAGAGAAGUAAUAACCGCCCUAGUGUUAGGAAGUUGUCGGUUGAUGUUUGCCCGAAAUGCAGCAGAGGAUUUAGGGAUCCGGUGGCUCUAGUUGAGCACGUUGAGAAGGAUCAUGGAGGUACCUCAAAGGCUUACUAAGUUUCUUUCUUCCGUUCACCUUCACUUUCUCGAUGACCGAUUGUUUGACAGGCCAAAAUUGUCAAUUAAUAGUGAUCAGAUUUAUAUAGAUCUUGGGUGUCUACUCUGGGUUAGUGAACCGUAUGAACUCGGAUUCAUUCUGUAUUGGCAAUUACAAGAAGUUUUAUCUCAUUGUUUUUAUGGUUUUUAUUAUUUUCGAGGUGGAAAAUUGUAUAUUCGAAAGAUACAAGGGAAUGGAAAUAUAGUGUAAGUUUUGUUCAUCUCUAA